ACCAUGGUAACGUGGCGACUGACUAAACGAUUCCGGUUCAUAGGCGGCUGACCUUUCCAGCGGAGAAGCCGGUGCGGCGUCUGCCAUUUUGUGAGGAGCUCCGAAGCGGUGCACGGUGGAGCCGGCGUCCCAGCCAAAACCAUGUUGCCGGUCCGUCCAUUAGUUUCCUCUACACAAACUUUGCUCAGACAUCAGGCUCCCGUGAGCGAACCCGAGAACUGAACCGCAGGUUCGAGAGACGGGUGGGGGAAGCUCGACCGCCAAAGCUCAUUCGAAGCUGUGCUCUCCGCCAUUUUGGAGGUACAGCUGGAGGGUGUGUGAAGGGACUUUGUGCGGAAUCAAAAAAAGAGCCGCGCCGGCGUUGGUUCGGGAGGACCCGGACUUGGUUUCUGUUCGGUGCUAAGGCUGCCCUCCCCCCCGUAAUGAGCGGCCGCGCGAGACGCCGGUGACUCCGCAGUGCGCAGGAGCGGAAGUGAGGGAGCUUGUUUUGGGAGACGCAGAUACAGAGGUCGAGACGGUUUCUCCAGUUUGUUAAAUCUUUAGCUGAGCACACGUCUAUAGUCCUGGGUGCUAUAUGGUGUUUUAUAGUAAGUGCUUAAAAACUUAACUUGACAUGAAGAUGGAAGCAGUAGAGAAGGCAGAGUUCUCUUCCCAGGAUGGUCUGGAGGAAACUGAGGCUUCAUCAAAAGGUAUUGAUACAAAAUCCGGUGACACCUGCAAGGAAGAUGAUGGGUCAUUUCCAAAAGAGACAACAGCCAAAUUGACAAAAGAGAACAGUGAACAUUCUUUGAAAAUAAGUGGCCUCUCUGUGGAGCCUUGCUUGUUAAUGGAACUUGGGCAAGACUCUUCUGAAUCUCAGCUUCCAUCUGCAGACAGUGAUAAACAAACACCUGGCCGUACCUAUGAUAGUGACUCUUCUAAUCAGUGCAUGGUUUCCCCUUCAUCCAGUGGUCAUUUGGCAGACUCUGACACACUUUCAUCUGUAGAAGAGAAUGAGACUCCCCAGACAAAUGUGGCCGUGGAAGAGGAUCCUUCUGGAGGGUCUGGUCCUUCAAUCGGCAGAAAAUCACGACGAUCUAGAUCUGAGAGUGAAACGUCAACCAUGGCUCCCAAAAAGAACCGGUCUUCAAAUGACAAGCAGAACGGCCGUGUGUCAAAGGUUAGAACCCAGAAACAAAAGGAACGGAUACGAUUGCUACGGCAGAAACGUGAAGCAGCAGCUCGGAAGAAGUAUACAUUGCUGCAGGACAGCAGUACGAGUGAUAGCGACUUGACAUGUGAUUCCAGCACAAGUUCAUCAGAGGACGAAGUUUCUGGAAAUGGCAACAGGACGAUUAGUGCAGAGAUUCCAGCUGCCAACACUCGUGCAGAGGGGUCUGCAGGCACUACCGCCCAAAUGGCCGGACUUCUGGACAGUGGGAUCUCAUGGGAGCGGAACUGUAUCGGCAAUGUCCUGGAGGAAGCAAUGAACUGUUUUGCAGAGAUGCAACGACAGACAGAGGAGAGAUUUCGGAUGUGGAUGGAAAAGUUGACCCGCUUGGACACUGAUGAAGAUGCAAAACAGCAACCAAAUCGACAGGAGCCCAAAAUGUCAACAAGUGGCACGCCAGUGCCUCCUUCUAAUCAAUCUAGCACAUUUAUGCAUCUAUCCAGCAACCAUUCAAUUCCACAACCAUCACAUAACCCUUAUAUGAAUAACCAGCCAAAUAUUGACUGUACUCCAGCUUAUCAAAUGUCUUUCAACAACAAUCCUUCAACUGGUUUUCAGGAGAAUGGAAACUCCUCUGGUCAUGACCUUAAUCACUCAAAUGUUUGAAGCAAUCAGAUAUUCUAUAGCAUUAAACUCUCAGUCAAACAAGUAUUUGAGCAGAGAUCUUAUAAAUAAGGUUUCUAAAUAUCAUACAUGAGCAGCAAUGCAAUUUUGUAUAUGGUUUAGGAACUGUAGUGGCCAGGUUGUUGUUAAUCACAAUGACUGCUUGAAAUAGAAUUUUAAAGCCAAAAGUCACCAUGAUAACCAUAACAACCUACCUCUGAUUUUACUAACACAAGAGAUACUGCAGAUGCUGGAAAUCUGGAGCAACACACAUAAAAUGCUGGAGGAACUUGGACAGCAUCUGUGAAGGAGAAUAAACAGCUGAUGUUUUCGGGCCAAGAGCCUUUCUUGAGUUCUGAUAAAAGGAUUUUGGCCUGAAACAUCAACUGUUUAUUCCCCUCUGCUGAUAAUGUCUGACUUGCUGUGUUCCUCCAUCAUUUUAUGUGUACCUUUUAUUUUCUCUUUGGUUGCAUUAAAGGCAGAUUUUUUUUCAAUAUUAGUGUUGAAUUGGCAUAUUGAUUUAUUAACUAACAAUUAGCAAUUAUAAUUUUAAAAUAAUAGGAAAAAUGGUUUUUACUAUUUGAAGUCACUAGUUAAUAAAAACCCAGGGAUGUUCAGGUUGAUGCACCCACAUAGUUUUGUAUGUGAAGCUGUUCUCAUUUGCAGCAGUGACAGACAAAAUUCCAGUAAUCCUUGCAUUAGUGUCUGGAAAACAUUGAAGAGAAUGUUUGCCAAAAGAUGCCUCUUCUUUGUCAUUGUCCAAAAUGGCCCCCUUGUUUACUUCCUCUUCAUUUGGUAAAUCAGCUACUCAUCUCUUCCUUUCCAAUUUCUUAUUUUUUUCUUUCUGUCUCAACAUCUUCCCGACCAGAUACUGAUAAAAACAAAAUGACUCAAAUGUGCAUUGUACUCUGCUCCAUUUAUGCAAUACAAUUCUAUUUGAACUGAAUUUCUAGAGUUCAGUGUGUGUUCAGUGCAAGCAACAAAGCAUGAAUUCCUAUUCCAAUAUCUAUUCUGACUUCAGAAUGGUCAGCAGAAAUUGCCCAGUUCAGAAACUAUCUUAAAGUUUUUGAUCUCUGACACUUGAAAUUGUAUAUUUCAAGACUAUUUAGGCAGUGGUAAUAGUUCUACAUAUCCUUGUUAGAUUCAGUCUAAUCCUGCAAUACUUGUUUGCUGUGUAAGCAUCAGAAACUGAAUACCAUAAUUGCAUGUUUCAGGUUUAGAAUAUGCUGACCCAGUCAAAGUGUCUGCCGUGUAACGAUAUAUUUUAACCUAGAGCAAAAAAUGAACUUUGGAAGAACUCAGCAGUUCAUGCAGCAUCUGUAGAAUAGGAAGCCGAUCAGUUCAUGCGAAAGGUCUUGACCUGACGUGUCGACUGUCUGUUUCCCUUAGAUUUGCUUGACCCACUGUGUUCCUUAAGCAAUUUGUUAUAUUUUACUCCAGAUUCCAGCAUCUGCAGUCUGUUGUGUUUCCAAUUUAUCCAUAUACUGAAGUUUGGAAAUUGCCAGCAACUUCCCACUCUUGAUUGGGACAUCAGUGAGAUGCCAUUAUAAAUACCUUUCUAUGAGUAGAUAUGAGAAAAUCAAAGUUUCAACUAUUGUCUCUUAACUUAUUGCUGUAUAUAUAUUUUUUUUACACCUCCCCAUUCUCUCCUUUAUCAUUCUUGCCCUAAAUUUCUUGGUAAAACAGUUGAGAUCUCAAUUUUGAUCAUGUCAUCUGAUUACCUGGAUUUGAAUACCAAUAUUCAUAUGGUGAUUAAAAUCAAUCAGGAGAUGCAAAAGUGAUUUUCACCCAAUUGGAAGAAAUAUUUACAUCAAUCUUCAAUUUUAGAUCUUAAUUCAACAGCAAUAGAUAUCGACUUGGUGGAUUUGUUGUGAUUCAUGGCAUAUGAAUAAAGUUUUAUGUGGUUAAAGAGGAGUGGCCAUUAAAAAUAUAUAAAGCUUUUGAGUUAUGAGAUCCUACAUAUACUGAGCAAUGUAUUUCUAUCUCUUGGUGGGCUAUUUAUAUGAGGCCAUAUGUCAUUGAAUUAUAAACUUGACAUCAUAUUGAUAGAACUUUUCUCAAAAUUUAUAAUUACUUAACAAAAAUAUGUAAAAGUAGGUCAACAAAGCAUUUCCUCUAAUCCUAUAAAUAUAUUACUUAAUUGGCAUGGUAUUGACUGGCAAUCAUUUAAAUUUGAUCCCUGGUCUGUGCUGAGUUGACUUCUUCUCUGGGUUCGCGUGUGAAAAUUUCAUGCACAAACAUUCAAAUCAUUUAAGUGACAUUCGAAACUCUAGAAGGCUUUUCCCCCCAAUAUGGAUGAAUUCUGAUCUGCCAAGUAGCCAUUGUUGUCUGUUUUUAACCUUCUGUUCCUAGACCAGUUGGGUAACAGUGUUGCAAUUGGUAAUCUAAUGCAUCUAGGCUAAGGAGGGUGAACAGUCAGCUAAGGAUCUUGUUUUUGAUUUGGUUUGCUGUCAAUUAAGUGCUGACAAUUAAAAUGCGCAGGGUUGUCAGAUAAGGACAGGAUUAGUAUUGUCUGUUUUUGACACUUGGGUGAGGUCUGAAAGUGUUGUCUGAAUGUUAACUGGUAUUUUGAGGAGCAGAAAGAAGAAAUUGGGUACUAGGAACUUGCUCAAUUGAUGCAAGGAUGAGAAAUUAAAACUUAACUAAAUUGUAUAAAUUUUACAGUAUAGACAAUUUGAAAAUAAUUUAGGCCACCAAGCAUCUAACACUCCCUCACCCCCUCCCCUGGUAAAUAAUCAUAAUCAUAGUCAGUUUGCAUUAUCCUGAUGGAAGUAUCCAUGGUAUAAUCAAAUAAGUGUAUGUAAAUUUUCCCCCUUCAUGUGUCAAUAGACUUUCAGUGAAUGUGUGCCAUUCAGUUACAGUUUAAAGUAACAAAAGAUUAGAAUUAGCUCCCAUGGUGAAAGCAUGAAGCUUCCAUAAAUGUGACAUUUUUUAAAGAAAGUAACAAUCCAAAGCAUGUUCUUUAUAAUUUUCAAGUGGGCUCACUGAAGUAACUUGAAGUUUAGGAUGUGGUUUAUACAAAAUGACCACACUAAACUAGCUUAUCCAUUGCAUGUGCUGAUAAACCAAAGUUCAAAUUGCAAAAAAAAAUCCUCCAUUUUGACAAUUUUUAUUUUUAAAGAAAACAAUUCAACCAGCACUUGUGUACUUUUAUGCACGGGAUGUUUAUUAUUUAAUAAUCAUAUAGAAAGAUCAGUGCUGAUAUAUCUCUGAAAUGUCUUAUGGCCUUGUAUUGCAGACUUGAGCACUGUAUUAGCUGUUUACAGCAGAUUACUAUUUGAUAUAGGAGUUUAGAGAGAAUAUUGUGUACCCAUCCAUUAUAUGUUGGAAAUAUCCCAAGAUUGGUUUUGGGUGAGUAAUUUGAGUAAAAUUCUUUGGAGGAAUAUACCACUAACACAUUUAGGAGGAAAGAGAAGGUUCAACUGAACAGCAAAUGCUGGAAAUCUAGAAACAACAGAAAAUGCUAAAAUAUUCAAUAGGUCAGGUAGCACCUGCUGAAUGGGGAUCCAUUGUGAUGAAAGAUCAUGAUCUGAAAUGUUAACUCUCUUUCUCUCUCAUAGUGGGUUGCCAGACAAUAGUAUUUUCAGCAUUUUUGUAUUUACUUUUCAAAACCUGAGUUGAGGUCCUAAUUUUUCAGAAUUUAAAUUUUAUGCUUCCAGGACUGUUCUACCAACUUAUCAUUGUGCUGGAUAUCUGACAUUGAUAGAUCUUAAAGUCUUUGUAGUCGCAUUGCUGGUUAUGCUUUGAACUGAUAUUUGAACAAAUUCCUUCAGAUAUUAACUAAUGUGUUGCUACAAACAUGUGUGCUGUGUUCUGACCAUGUUUUCCAUCACCAGAAAUCCAUGACUAGUUUUGUCUUCAAACAUUAUGUAGGAAGAUUAAACUUAAUAGCACAUUAUAGGACCCUGUUCAAAUUUAACUUUUCGAAACUUUCCCCCCACAUCCUUAAAGUUAGGAAAUGACCCACCGGACAUAAAGUAUUUUCCCUCCUUCACAGAAUUGUUUAUUUUUAUGUAAUCUGAAUUUUUUAAAUAUAGAGUUAGGAAAUAACCUUCAUCUAAGCAGGCAGGAAGUUUUGUCCAAAUUUUCUGAAAUUGGUUGAAUGUGUAAACUUUAGUUUGGAGAGGUUCUAAUUUUCUACAAAACUUCUACACUAAACCUUAAUAAAAAUACAAUUUGGGAAUGUAUUCCUUGUUGGUGUACCUGGAGUGAAUUUAUCUCUUAAGCAAACUUAGUUCCAUGGCUUUUUGUCGUCUGGGAUUUAGUGAAGACUAGAGCUAUGUCGCAGAUUGGUGAUGCCUUGUGACCCAACUUCAGAAAGCAGUGCCAAUAUUGGAUUUUAACAUUCUUUGUAAUUUUAAGUUUUCUUUUUUGUUGUCUGUUAUUCAGAGAUUAAUGACAACGGUUCGUGUUCUUAUUUGAGAAUUUCUUUCGGGAAGAUAUUGAAGGGUGGACUGGUUUUGGGCAGGGGGAAGUAAAAGUAAAUUUUUUGUGCAUGAUUUAAUAUAAUUAGUGAUAACAGUUGGUUUAGUUACAGUCUCCUUCCCACAGUUAGAGGGUUAAGAAACCUUGGACUCAAUUUAACUUGGAAUUUAUUAACCCAUUCUAGAUGAGGGAUGUCUUUCCCAGAUGAGUGAGAGAGGAGCAAACAUCUUUAAUAAUCCCCUUUCCUCCUACUCACAAUAAUGGCUCAGUUCUGUGGAAUUGUUAGAAGUGACAAUUUUUACAUGGAAUGUGCCACUUGUGCAAAGGUUGUGAUUGAAGAAAAAUCCAACUUCCACUAUGCAUAGAUUGAAAUUCACUCUUUAUGCACCCUGGUUCUCUAACAAUUGUUUUAAGUUUCCUUUCUAUCUUUCCUGAUUUUGUAGAUUUACUGGGUCAUUAGCAUUAUAACAGUCUGUGUAAUCUGUGGCUCACUAAGAAUGAAUGUAAGGUAUCUCCAAAGAUGAAAUUCUUGAGCAGUUUUUGAAAAAGCAGCUCAUGUAGAUACAUGGAGGUAGGGUUUCUACUCUUCUGUUAUUAAAGCUGCUAUUUGCACUGAAACAAUGAGUUACUAGUAUUAAGCAACAUCUGUGGACGCUAGUUGUGAACAGUAUUUACAGUGCAAUUUACUUUUUAAAACUGUACUAGAGGUGGACACAAGUAUCAGAUCUGGGAUUUGUUUUUUUUUAAACUGGUGAUAAACAUGUGCCUUUUCCAUUUUGUCUUUCUUUUGCAUUAAACUUAAAAUUUCAAACUUUUAGAAACUGAAAAUGAGUUUUCCCCCAAUCAUUUAACUAGUGCUAUAUUUUUGAUACAGCUCCAAAUAGAAACAGUUUCAUUAUAGAUUUAAUGCUGUAAACUCAGUUUUAGUUGCUUAUCAUUCUGAAAGUUAUCAGUAUAACCAGGAAAUGACCUAGCAUGAUUUCCAAUUCAGUAAGAACUUCGACAUUAAAACCAAGAAUGAUUUGAUUUUUUGGGAUUGUCUUGUGAGGUAAGUUCCUUCAGAACAGACAGGAGGCUUUGUGCAUUUGAGGUCCUGUAUCAAUCACUGAACAUGAUCUUAUAUUAAAUAUUAAUGUAAAUGGAGCAGAAAUAAUCUUUUUGAGGCUGCUAUGUUAUUCACUGAGAUCUGUGAAGAUUCCCACCACAUCCUGCAACCUUGUCUGAUUUCCUUAUUUCUUGAUUCCGUUGCUCCUUAUACAAUGUUGUGGUGUUUAAUGAAUUGCAAAACUAACUUUAAUGAGUUAAAGCAUGACUGACAGCGUUUUACCUCACACCUAAUUCUCAGUGUUACUGCUUUAAGCUUUUAAUUUAAAUGCGGACAAAAAAAUUGCUCAUUCUUCCUUAUUUUGCCACGGACUUCAUACUAAAAAGAUAGUAUACUCCAGUGUCCAAUGUGAUAUCGUUGUGUGAGUGUUAAACCUGACUAUUGGCAGGCUAUACACCUUUAUUUCCUGAAUACCAUUCCAUCUGGGAUUUCUGGAUAAUCAACAUAAUACUGACUAAUUUUCCUCUAUUUUACACAAACUAAACCAUUUCUCAAUUACUGUUUGGUUAAGCUUAAUGACUACUAUUUCUCAAAAGAAUAGUGUUUUUGUUUAGGCUAUUGAAUUAUUAGCAAUCAAAAGACAACAGAUGAUACAAACUCAAAAGAAGUACAGCUUUGUGAAUAAACCCAGUUCCUGUAGUCCAAAAAUAUAAUGUCAGUCCUAGUCUAUGCUUAUUUGUUUCUGUAUAAGCUUUGCUGUGUGAUCCAACCAUUUUGCUUCUCCUUGUGCUUACUGAUAUUUUUUCAAGCUCUAAUUAAAUAAUUUUAAUAUGGAAUUCAUGGGCUUGGAAAGAAUAAAAAAAAAGCAGAAUCUUGUUGCGUCACCUAUCCGUUUGUCAUGGCUAAUGUGAGACUGGGUGCAGUGGUCCAUAUAUGACUGAAGCAGUGUUUUGUAAGGAUUUAUCAGGAUUUCAUGUACUUCUGUUUAUAAAGCCAGGAAUGUGCUAUGCUUUUUAAAAAUUGUUUUCUCAUCUUCCAUAACACUUCCAAUGAUUUAUGCAAAUCUGUCUCCUGUAUUCCUUAAAGUAUACCGUCUAGUUUUAAUUACCUUGCAUUGUUUAUUCUCCUGAAAUGUAACACUUAGUUUUUCUUAGAAACUAUUAAUCAUUUGCGGUGAGGUAUCUAAGCAUUCUUGUCAAUGAAACAACUUCAACAAAUGACAAAUCUCCUAGGAACUCAGUAGAUCAAGCAGCAUCUGUGGAGGUAAAGGGAUGGUCAUCAAUUCACUUUGAGACUCUGCAUCAGAGGUCUAUUCUUCAACAUUUAGAUUAAACCAAAUAAUAUGUUUACCUUUACUUCAAGGAUUGUUGAGUACAGAAAAAAAUUGGGGCCAUUAUGGAGUACCAAGUGAAUUCUCCCCAAAAGCCCAAUACAAUUUUUGUACUCAAAGGUCAACAUAUAUAGCUUAAUCAUUUGCUCUAUCUGUAUAUUCAAGAAUAGAUUUGAUGCAGGGUUUUGAUCCCAAAACGUUGAUUAUUCCUUUGCCUCCACAGAUGCUGCAUGACCCACAGAGUUGCUCCUGAAGUUUGGGUUAUUAUUAACUUUGUUUUAUUUACAGGAAUGCCCAAAUACCUCUUUACUCAAAUGUUUAAUUGUUCCUCACCAAAUAACAAUUUUUUUUCCUAUUUCUCCUGUCUUGCCUUAGUUAAACUUUUCCCCUUUGUAUAUACUCAGUGCUCUCCUUGCAACUUAGUUUCCAAUGUGGUUUUGUUUUGUCAGCUGAUUUGUAUGUUUUAUCAAUUCAUUUAGAUUCCCACAUAUUUGCCACCCUAAUUUUUUGAAUUUUUUUUUUUAAUUACUUUAAUGUCUUUUUUAUAGUAAUGUUCCAACUAGCUGACAAUACAUCAUUGUAGACAUGGCCCUUUAACUUUCUAAGCUGUAGUGAAAACAAUAUUUUGAUUUCACAAAAGCUCACUUCCAUACUAAUUCAUCCCCUCAUAGCAGCAUGGUAUAUCAUCCUUCCUGUAAUCAGUGCCUGAACUUGUACAAAUGAGACUUUUCAUGUAACAUCUUGAGCAUAUUCCAUUUACAUUACCUCAUUUGUUACAUAUUCUAUACCUCUCACCAUGUAUAAUUGAUGAUUCAUUUUGUCUUGUUUAGUUGAACCACUUUCUAUACACAGCAGAAAAUUAAUUGGUGAUUUUGAACAUCCCACUGAAAAUACAUUAUUGCCCACUUUGAUUAGAUGAAUUGUUAUAAAGUGGACUACAACAAGAUGUUCACCCAAGUAUAGAAGUUUGAAGUUACUGCUUAAGAAAAUUACCAAGUCCAUUACUGAAUGAUUGUUCCCCAAAUUUUUGAUCUGUUUUUAAUUAUCCAGUCUCCACUUUACAAUAAGCUUAUGCAUAUUCAAGGUAACUCUUUUUAAUAGAAUAUUCCCACCUUGUAUUGUAGCCAUCCUUGGGCAUUCUUUUGGAAAUGCAAGCUUAACAUCAUACUUGAGAUUGUGUUUUGUUGUAAUUGGAAGGUGAUACCUUUCUCAGCUUGCUUACCAGUGCUUAAUCUCCCAUGCAGCUCAGCAAAAUUGAAAUGGAGCCACUAGCUUAAUUCAGAUCUGAAAUGAAAUUAUCUUUGCAAUGGGUUAUUGACUUUUAUUAUUUAAGUAGGGGGAAAUUUGGAAUUUUUAUGCACUUUUUAAUGAGUCAGUAUUAAUUGCUAAUAUCCAAGUCUCAUCACAGAGAAAAGUAUAUUGAAAAAGUAAUUAAUAGGGCUGGGUUUGGGGUAGUGUUUUCCUCAUUAAUGUUUUGCAAAGCAUUGAAUGGUCGAAGCACUCACAACCCUACCCAUUUUUGGUAAAACUAAGAUCGUGGGUGUUGUUGUGACUCCCAGCAACCAACAUCCAGGAUUGGUGCUUGUGUCCGCCUUUAUUUUCUAGGAUUUGCUUUUGCAACACCUUACCUAUGUUAUGUAUCUAUAUUGUUUGCUAAGUUCUCUAUUGCCCAAAUCCCUGUAAAGUCAAGAAAUGUAAAGUAAAAUAACUGCAAUUUCAUUGAAAAUAAAUUGUUCAGAUUGAAAAUUUCUUUUGGCCUUUUGAAGUUUUCAGAACAUAACUUGUGUAAUUUGCUUGGCUUGAAUAUUUGUUCACCUCACUUGGUACCUUAAGAUUUGUUUGUUUGAAUAUUGCAGUGGAAUUCUUCGUAAGAAUAAUAACGUUAAUUGUUUUUGCCAGAGGAAAUACAGCCACACUUGUGAUAUUACCAUUCAAGAAAUCUGUAGGAAGA